CAACUGCAAGCUCCACCUCCACACACGAACAGAUACAGACGCAGCAGCCGGCAAUGACGCAGAGGAUCGUGAUCGCGGUGCAGAUGGCGAGCAGCAGGUGCCGGUCCAAGGCGCUGGCGCUGGUGGCGGCCACGCCGGGAGUGGACUCGGUGGCGCUGGCCGGGGACGCCAAGGACCAGGUGGUGGUCGUCGGCCACGGCGUCGACUCGGUCAAGCUCACCAGCGCGCUGCGCCGGAAGGUCGGCCACGCGGAGCUGGUGCAGGUUGGCGACGUCAAGAAGGAGGACGGGAAGAAGCCGGCGGCCACGGCCGCCGUGGUCGAACACUACUACCCGCACUCCGGGUACUCCUACCCGUACGGCUACUGCUACCCAUCGCAACCGGCGCCGGUCAACUUCUUCUACGAGCAGCAGCACUGCCCUGCUGUUGCCGCCGUCGAGGCGUACGGGUACCCAUGCUCGCGGCCAGAGCCGGGCACCUGUUCGGUAAUGUAGACUGUACAGCACAUGCUGAUAGGAUAUUACAUUGACUUUUGCCAGUCGUACUGGACGAUCAAGUUUUCAUGGUUGUAUCGGACUUGAGGAAGGAGUAUCUACUAAGGUUCAGCUAGCAACUGUGUCGACUUUCAGUUAGUUAAGCUUCCA